AUGGUAGAUGCUGCUGUGGCCUUGACGAAGUCGGACUUCUUGCAAUUUUCAGAGGCAAUGCAAGGAUUUUUCAAUCAUAUAGCUGAAUUCAUUGGUGGUGAUUUUGGAACAGAUAGAGAGACUUUUACCGAUAGAAAAGAAGUACCCGCCUCCAUUCCGUGUGAAGGAGAUAUUUAUGGACAAUCUAUGGGUUGUUAUCAUUCUGGUGUUCAAUCAGGGGAAAUUCCCAUCUGUGAUGAAUCAGCUCUCUUGAAAUGCCCUUAUUAUACCUACACACCUUGUAGAUUGUCACUGUGUGGAAACUGUUCUUUAACGUGCCAUGUCAAUGGUGAAGAUUUGAAUUGUAAUCAACAAAAUUCAAGCAGAGAUUUUUGUGAACCAAAUCCUUGUAAAAAUGGCGGACACUGUAGAAAAUCAGACUGGAUAAAUCUCCCGCACUUAGUUUCCUGUGAUUGCGCACCAGGUUUUGAAGGAGAGUUCUGUGAGAAUCCUCAAAGUCCUACCCAGAGUUGCUACCUGCAGAGAGAUUCUGGAAAAGAGUUAAAUGGGUGUGGCAAGUCUGAAAAGCGAUGGUAUUUUGAUCAGCAAAGCCAGGAAUGCUAUUCAUUUUUGUAUCAUGGAUGUUUGGGAAAUGCUAAUAAUUUCCCCACAUAUUACGAAUGCCGCAUAUCAUGCAUCAUUGGAGCAUGUUGCUGGAGAUCAACUUUAAAUGCAACCCAUGUUCACGGCUUUGAUAAAGAUGGAUAUGACAGGUAUGGCUUCAAUGCUGAUGGAUUGACGAAAUCUAAGGAAAAACGAACGUUUGAAAAUGGUUACGGAGCCGACAGAGCAGUAUUUCGAUUCUCAGAUUUUGAUUACCAAGGAUAUAACAAAAAUGGUUUAAAUAAAAAUGGAUUUGAUAGGCAUGGAUAUAAUGCAGAUGGAUACCAUUGGAUCACAAAAUUUAAUAUUACAGGAUACGAUGUCUUUGGUGAUUAUGAUGGAAUAAUUGACUUCGAUAAGCAAGGAUAUAACUCUGAUGGUUACAACAGGGCAGGUUUCAACUGCUAUGGACAUUCUAGAGAAGGUUGGAAUUAUUAUGGGCACAGCGCUGGUUGGUCAUACGAAUGCCGAGCUAUGAGCUUGAGAGAAUGCCAAAAAAUUGAAGACGAAACUACUAAGCUUCGCAAACAAGUCAUUUCUUUUGCUCCAGGAAAGAAAUGUGAAGAUGUUCAUUGCGAGCAGUUAUGUGGAUGUAAUUUUCUUUAUGAUUCGUAUCCACUGCAGGCUGAGUUAUCCCUAGGGUGUUCAGUUUGUAAAUGUACUUUGUCAGGUAGCAUAAAAUGUCCAUGUACAACUACAAGCAUCAGGAAAGAAGUUCGGGACAUGACACCGGAAGAAAUGUCUCGCUAUCAAAAUGCUAUAAAAGCGCUUGUAUUACAAAAACCACAUACUGCGUGGUUAAAUUUUACCCAUUUAUACCGCGAGCAUAUUCCUCAAUCCCAUGGAAAUUUAUUAUUUUUGCCUUGGCAUCGUUUUUUUCUUCGCUUUGUUGAACUGAAACUUCAGGAAAUUGAUUGCUCGGUUACCAUACCAUAUUUUGACUGGACAAUGGAUGUAGGAGACUUAGGAAAUUCAGCAGCAUUUCAAGCUAACUAUUUUGGUGGAAAUGGAGAUAGCAAAAAGGAUAAUUGUGUUAGAAAUCAUCCUUUUAAGACGUAUCAUCCAACUUAUUGGCAACCUUGUUUAAAAAGGAAUUUCAAUGAUUCAGUGCAAUUACCAAAUGCUGUAGAAAUUGAAAAAAUUAUGAGGCUGGAGUCGUUUGAGGAUUUCAGUGCAUCGUUGGAUAAGAUUAGCGGAUUGUUUCAUUUAUAUGUUGGUGGACAUAUGGCAACUCCUGAUGCAGCAUACGAUCCAAUUUUUUUCUCUCACUAUGCAUUUAUUGAUAAAAUCUGGUAUGAAUGGGUUGUGGAAAGUCCGAACAAUAUCCAAAAGUUUCCUUAUCAGGAACGAUAUAAAACUUUAAAUCCGUUCAGUGUUGUGCCAGACGAUGUGCUUUUGAGUAUGAGCCAGAUAUGCGUAACGUAUGUACACUCUACAGAGGGAGCACCGUGUAUAGCAGCUUCUGGAAGCAGCAGACUUCCAAGUGCUGGCAUAAAAUCAAGUGUUUUUGAUGCUGAAGGCUAUGACAUUGACGGAUAUAAUACGCCUGGUUUUGACCGAAUGGGAUGGACACGUAAUGGAUUCUUUAAAGAUUCGUACAAUAGAGAUGGUUUUGAUGCGCUUGGCUUCGACCAACGAGGUUACAAUCGGUAUGGCUUUGACAGAACUGGAUGCAACAGUUAUGGCUUUUGUAUAACCCAAACCUCACCAAGAUUGAACUUGCAGAGAAAUACACCUUGGGAAAAUUACAAUGAGUUAGGCAUGAGUUCAACAGGAUUUAAUUUUAAUGGUUUUGAUAACUAUGGAUUUGACUAUGAUGGUUUCGAUGAAAAUAACUGUUCCUAUUUCUUCAAUGGUCCAUUUUAUCCUAUUUUUAUGAGAAAAGCAAAGGUUGAAUUAAAAAUGCUCUCUAAUGAAGAACUGAACCACGUUAAGAGGAUUUGUCCAACUAUGUCAGAUACUAAUUCCUGGUGGGAUACUGUAUAUUGGCUAAACAGAAGAGAAUACUUACGAAGAAUAAAUUUCAUUAACUUGGCUCUACCUUAUUCAGAAGAAAGUUUCUCACCUUUAAGUGGAUGCAUGCACAAUGACGAUUUCUAUAUAAAUGGAGAAACGUUCGUUGAUGGUCGUAACCCGUGCUUGAUAUGCAAUUGCAAGAAUGGCUCAGUGUUAUGUUCUGGUGUCGAAUGUGCCCCCAUUAAACCCUGUUUGGAACAUGCCGUAAUUACUCUGCCAGGACAGUGUUGCCCGAAAUGCUCAAUGUGUGGACCACAUCAUAAAGGCUCUUACUGGAUGGAGAGUCCAUGUCAUAACUGCACGUGUGAAGACGGAAAUGUUCAUUGUUCGGUUAUUGAAUGCUCAAUGCCACAUUGUCAAUACCCAGCUCGAUCUGAAAAUGAAUGCUGUCGGCAUUGUGACGGUUGUCAGUACGAUGGUCGUGAAUACCAAAAUGGAGAUUUUUUUUCACCCAAUUUCAAUCCUUGUUUGAAUUGUUCUUGUAAGCCUGAAAGGCACACAUUUAGUUCUAAGAAAAUUGAUGACGUGUUUGUACCGAAAGUAACAGCUGAGUGCUCGCUCUCUCUCAGAGAGACAGGACCUGAUGUUUCAGAAUGCAAGUACGAAAAUCGAGAAUAUGAGAAUGGUGAGCGAUGGAGAAGUUCAUCCGAUUCUUGUGAGAUUUGUCUGUGCAUGAUGCAAUUUUCUCCUCCUGAUGACCCGUGUGCACGUUGCGUAUGUCGAAGAGGUAAUAUAACGUGCGUUAGAGAGACAUGUCCGAAUUUAUUAUGCCGUGUGACCGAACUGCCAGCUGGUGCUUGCUGCCCUGUUUGCAAAGGUCAAGUAAUACAGCAUGGUCAGAAAUGGAUCCACCCUUCCGACGUUUGCCAAGUAUGCUCAUGUCAAGAAGGGAUCAGCAAAUGUGAAAGGAUGUCUUGUGAAAUCUUGUGCACGCAUCCUGUUAUGACACCUGAUAACUGCUGUCCCAACUGUAACGGUUGUCAAGUUUCAGGAAGAGUAUACAAGAUCAAUGAAGAAAUACCGUCCUCAGAUCCUUGUCGUAGAUGCUUCUGCUUCGGUGGAAAUAUGGAAUGUGAGUCCCUUCGCUGUCCACAAGUGACUUGUAAUAAACCAGAACUAAAGCCAGGGGACUGUUGCCCAUCAUGUACCCACUGUCUUUUCCGAGGUUUGAUGUAUGAGGAUAACGAAGAAUUCCAACCUCCAUCAGACACAUGUUAUAGAUGCACAUGCGAUAAAGGAGCUGUUCAUUGUGAGAAACGACACGUAUGCAGCCCGCAGUGCACUGACCCCAUAAAGCUUCCUGGUCAAUGCUGUCCACUUUGUGAUGGCUGUGAAUAUGAAGGAACAGAGAUCAGAAACAAGGAGAUUUUCACUCCCAAUCCUGAAGAGCCGUGUUUAGAGUGUGAAUGCAAGAAUUCCAUUGCCGCAUGUCACCAAACCGACUGCCCACCGACUAAUUGCCUGCAUCCUGCUGCUCCAUUUGGGGUUUGCUGUCGAGAAUGUGAACAUUGUGAAUUUACCCAUAGAUUGUAUAGAAAUGGUCAAGAAUUUACGCAUGACGAUGAUCCUUGUCAGAUAUGUAACUUGCUUUGCCUCAGAACCGAAUGCCCUAAUCCACAGUUUGGACAAUGUUGCGAAGCAUGUGAUGGUUGUUCGUAUGCGAACAAAAACUACAUGGACCAUGUCACAUUCAACGAUCCUUUGAACUCGUGUCGCCAAUGUGAGUGCGAAAGCGGAGUCGUAUCAUGUCAGCAAAAGACAUGCGAAUCUAUGCCCUGUAAAAACCCUAUAAUGAUGGAAGGUGAAUGCUGCCCUAUUUGUCAAGACUGUAUUUACAAACACCAAUCAUAUGCCAAUGGUGCAGUGUUCAACGAUCCUGAUGAGCCUUGCGCAGAAUGUUAUUGCCAGUUUCCUGAUGUUUUUUGUGAUCAUCAAAAGUGCCUUCAACAAGGAUGCGGUGCUCCCAUUAAUGGAGAAUGUUGCGAUAGUUGUUCAGAUUGUGAAUUUUACGGAGAGUUUUAUAAAGCUGGAACUAAAUUUGAACAUCCUCGAAAUCCUUGCGAAAUGUGCUCCUGUCAGGAAGGAAUGAUAACUUGUUUCGAGGAAACCUGUUUGGACAUGCAUUGCACUCAUCCUGUUGAAGUUGACUGCUGCUUUGUCUGCAACGCUGGAUGCGCGUUUGAAAACGUUCUUUAUACCGAUUUACAAGUGUUUGAAAACCCUAAAAAUGCUUGCGAAGAAUGCAUCUGUUCAAAAGGAAAUAUCACUUGUGAUCACAAAAAAUGCCAUGACAAUAUGUGCAAAUAUCCUGCUACAAGCGAUUGUUGUCCAAUAUGUUCAGGAAUAAACUACACCAACCAAGAGCGCUUCAUACCUCCAGGAAGCCCAUGCGAAGAAUGCAUUUGCAAGAAUGGCACAGUUACAUGCCACAAAUUGUCCUGCAGUUUGCCUUCCUGUUCAAAUCCUGUAAUACUAGCAGGAGAAUGUUGUCCUGUUUGCAAAGGAUGUAUAUUUCAUGGAAUGCAAUUCAAUGAGAAUGAGGAAUUUUCUCACCCAGAAAAUGUUUGCGAAAAAUGUACAUGUAAGGAUAGCCUUGUUGCAUGCACAAAGAAAAUAUGCCACCAAAAUUGCACUCAUCCUACACCAGAUCCAUGUUGUCCUGUGUGCAACAGCUGCAUGUUUGAAACAAUCAUUUAUUCGAACGGCGAAGUAUUUAGUCCGGAUGCUUGUAGGAGUUGUGAAUGCAAGGAUGGAAAUGUUCUCUGUACAUCAGAAGUUUGUCCAACACUAACUUGUCAUUUGCGAUCACGUCUGCCUGGCAAAUGCUGCGAAACUUGUCGAGGUUGUGUUUAUGAAGGUAAUGAGUACGAAAAUAAUGCUACUUGGGUUGCGUCUUCUAACCCUUGCCUAUCUUGCGCAUGUAGAGGUGGAACAGUAUCUUGCAUGAAUAUUGUAUGCCCAGUUGAAUGUGCUGAUCCUAUUCCGGUUCCAGGGCUAUGCUGUCCUAUGUGUCCUGAUUGUGAACACGGAGAUAAGAGAUACAAAUCGGGAGAGAAAUUUUCACCUGAGGAUCAGCCUUGUGAUAGAUGUGCUUGUGACUCUGGGCAUGUAUUCUGCAUACGCCAUGAGUGUCCUACUCUUGUCGGAUGUCCUGAAGAAUCCAUAAAACCUCCCGAGAAAGGAGAAUGCUGUCCAACCUGUGCAGGAUUUGGAACGACAUGCAAUCGAGAUCAAAUUGGACAAACAUUUCAACCGACAUCGGAUCCAUGUUUUGUCUGUCAGUGUGCUGACAAUUUUAUGUGGAUGUGCUCUAAAGAGUUUUGCCCUUAUAUCAAUUGCCCGAAAGAUGAACUUAUUAAAUCAGAAAAAGAUUGUUGUUCAAAAUGCAGAGUUUGUAUUUCUGAGGGACAUGAAAUUCAUGUUAAUGGAGAUAUUUGGUCAUUGGCCAACGAUUCUUGCACCCAAUGUUUCUGUGAUUUUGGAAUCAUCAAAUGCCAGAAAAUCACUUGCCCUGAAAUUAGUUGCCAGGUGGGUGAGAUGCAACUUCUGUAUCCAGGCGAUUGCUGUCCUGUAUGCACUUCGUCGAAGGACAUGUCCUGCGAUUAUAGUGGAAAUCAUUUUGAGCAUGGACAAAAGUGGAUUCCUGAUCCGUGCACAACGUGUCAGUGUGUUAGGGGGAAGAUGACGUGUCAUAAUGAAAGAUGCCUCCCCCUCGAUUGUACUUCAGAUGAAAUCCCAUCGGUAGAUCCUGGCCAGUGUUGUCCAAAAUGCAUUCCACGUCCUGCUACUUGCAUUGCAUUUGGCGAUCCUCACUACCGCACGUUUGAUGGAGCUGCCAUCUCCUUUCAAGGAACUUGCCGUUAUGUUUUGACGGCUGACUGUGCCACACAAAAGUUUUCCAUAAUUGUGGAAAAUAACGAUAGAGGAUUCAAUGGAGUUUCGUGGACACACAGAGUCGUCAUCGUCCUGCAAAAUGCAUCGGUUGAUCUCCGGGCGGGGCCAGCAGUUUAUAUAAAAGGAAAACACAUCGAACACCUCCCGUACUUUAAUGAACCUUUCCUUUACAUUGAAAAAACAAGUGCAUCUGUUCUGGUUACGACAGACGUUGGAGUUAAGGUUUUAUGGAAUGGCGAUGGUUAUGUUGAGGUAGUUGUUUCUGGCAUUUAUAGGGAAAAGACUUGCGGUCUUUGUGGAAAUUUUAAUAAUUUCCAGGAAGAUGAUAUGCGCACACCUACCAAUGAAAUUGUUACAUCAGAAGCUCAGUUUGGUAACAGCUGGAAACAUCGAGGGAGUCAAACUGAGAGCUGCACCGAUUCUGUCGAUAUAGACCCUUGCUCAAAAGGUGGCUACCGAAUCCGGAAAAUUGCAAACAGCAAAUGUUCAGUCUUAAAACAAAGUUUAUUUGCCUCUUGUCACAUCUUCAUUCCACCGGAACCAUAUUUUGCGGCCUGUGUUUAUGAUGUGUGUGCCUGCUCAGAAAAUGAUGAAUGCUUAUGCGAUAUUUUGUCAGCUUAUUCCCAAGAGUGUGCUAAAGCUGGAGUCAUUUUAAAUUGGAGAAGCGAAGGACUUUGUGGUGUCCUCUGCUCUGAAGAUGAAGGCUUGGUUUUCGAUGAAUGUGGCCCACCGUGCCCCAGAACAUGUGAAAAUAUCAAUUUACCAAUGAGCAUCUUAGCUGCUCAAUGUUUUAAACCUUGUAUUCCAGGAUGUCAGUGUUCUGCUGACAAAGUUCUUUACAAUGGUCGAUGCAUUCGACCAGAACUGUGUCCGUAAAAGCGCAAAAUUUUGAAUAAAAUUAA